AUGGAUAAUGAUGGCAAAGAGUCAUAUAAGGAUGGUGAUCAAUCUGAGGAUUUAAGUGUUGAGUAUGAGUGCAGUUCCGAUGAAAGUGAUGAUAUGGUGGAUGUAACUGUAGAUGAAGCAGAGGCAAAUAUAAUUAAUACUAAUGGUUUUGAAAAGUUGAUAACUGAUUUUACCAUCGAAGAUAUAUGGAGAUUGGUGUUUGAUACAGAAUCUCAAGUUUGUGAAUUUUAUGCCAAAUAUGCCAAGUGCUAUGGAUUUGUGUCCCAAAAAGACUUGAAGACGGUGGAUGCUAAUGGUAACAUUAAUACAAGACAGUUGGUUUGCAAUAAAGCAGGAGAAAGAUAUUGGAAGCACCUUAAAAGGGACAAUCGGCAAAGGGAGCAUAGGGCAAUUACUCGUGUCAACUGCAGGGCUAGGAUUCGGUUCAUUCGUCACUAUAAAACGGGUAAGUGGAAAGUCAGUGUCUUUGAGAGUGAACACAAUCAUCCACUGUGUCCACCUAAGUACAGACAUCUUAUUGCCGCGAAUCGUGGGCUUAUUGAGGCUGAUAAAACACAAACAGACAACUUGCGAGCAUGUGGUGUUAAAACUUGCCACAUAAUGGGUUACAUGGUUUUCCAAAAAGGUGGAUAUGAUAAAGUGGGUUUUACCAGAAAAGACUUACAUAACCACAUUAGUAAGACUAGGCAUGACAAAGUGAAAGACAGUGAUGCAUUUGUUGCGUUGGCCUAUCUGUUUUCUAAGGUAGACAGUGACCCGUUAUUUCUAGGAAAGUUCACCUUAAAGGAUGGUAGGUUGGAUAAUUUGGUGUGGGCUGAUGGAGAAAGCGUUGUUGACUACGAAUGUUUUGGCGAUGUACUGGCUUUUGACGCCACUUACAAGAAAAAUGUAUACAACAAGCCCUUAGUCAUAUUUUCAGGGACCAACCACCAUGGCCAGACAACUAUCUUUGGAUGCGCUCUGCUCUCAGAUAAAAGGUCCGAAACUUUCAAGUGGGCACUGAAAGAAUUUUUGGAAAUCAUGUCAGAAAAACUACCCGGAGGCGUUGUGACAGACGGAGACCGUGCUAUGAGAGAGGCUAUCUUAGAAGUAUUUCCUGGUAUACCACACCGCCUUUUUGCAUGGCAUCUCUAUCGUAAUGCGAGAUGGAACGAGAUCAUAUCCAAAUACGGACUUGCCGAGAAUGAAUGGGUCUGGGCAUUUAUAAUGACAGAAUAA